AUGGCAACCUUCAAAAAGUCUCCACCUGCCGAUGGCGGUUUCUCCUCGGAUUCGUCCAAGAAGCCCGAGACUCCCGGUGCCAAACGCCGCCCCUCAAGAGCUGGUACCCGCAGUGUGAGCACCCUCAGCGCGGCCCAGUUGGAGCGGAAACGCGCAAACGAUCGCGAGGCACAGCGAGCCAUCCGUCAGCGGACAAAGGACCAUAUCGCCGACCUCGAACGCCAAAUCCAGGAACUCACCGCCCAACGAGAUACUGCCAUCUCCCCAAAGAUGGACGAGUUGAUGCGGCGCAACCAAGAGUUGGAACAGGAAAAUGCCCUUCUUCGCUCACGAUUGUCCCAUGCAGUGGCCGCCUUGGGAGUCCCAGAGCAGGGCCCAGCAACUGGCGGAGCGCCAUCCCCAAGCGACCGCAUCCACAUGCUAAGCCAACCGAGACCGUCCACUAGCACACCUCGAAGUAUGCACGCAGUCCCGGACAUGGCAACUCCAGUAUCCCAACCCGCACAUUGGGCGCCUUCCCAUACAUACCCAGCCAACGUCUCUUCUCCUCAUAUUCACGGCACGCCAACCAUGGUCGAGGUUCCAGUGGCAUCCGAUGCAGUACCCUGGCCACAGCCCCGUUCCCAAUCAUCCCAUCAGCCAGGCACAAUGCCGAUGCCAGAUCAGCCUCUACAAGCACUGGACUCGACAGCAAUGUCGUAUCCAAAUCCCUAUGGCAUGGACAACAAUGCGCGGUCACUCUCUUACCCCUUCGAGAAUCCUCAGCUCGUCACUUCACAACCCAUGCAGGCGGCGGGCUACAGUACACCGACGUCUGCUCGAUCGCCUCAUCCUUCCGACUUCCAACGGCACCAUAUGUCCCUGAGUGCAUAUCCGCCAGGACCGCAUCCAGCAGCUCAACAGCCUCAACAGCAAGGCGCUCAGACGCCAUACUCGGCAUUUCCUCCACAGGCCCACCAGAGCUUUGUCCCUCAAGCCAGCCACCCUGGAGACAUGCAGCCAUUGAUGGCGCCGCACCCGCAGGCACCGCCGAUGGCCGAGCCGAGCCACAUGAUGUAUCAACAAUACCCGCCGAAUAUCAAGGUGGAUCAGCCACACUACCCGCCGAACAUGAAGCUUGACCAUCACUGA